AUGUAUUGGUUCGAAGACCCAGUGAGGGAAGAUCAGAUGACAAAGCACGUUUGGUCAGCUAAGGCAUUUUUAAUCCCUGGUGUCCAGCAAGCUGUGCUCUAUAACUCCAUUAGAGAACCCAGUAGUAUCAACCACACCUUGGAACUAUGCACCUCUGCCACCACACCCGACACAUUACCUACCCGUCUUAUCGACAUAGAUGAAGACGAACCUCGGCUUUGCGCGGACACGUCUAACAUUGACACAUCCACACAAUAUGCUUCUCUCAGUCACUGCUGGGGUCUCAGGACGUUUCUAACGCUCGUCAAAUCCAACUUGUCCAAUUUUACAGAGUGCAUUCCUUUAAAAACCUUGCCAAAGACAUUUCAGGAAGCCAUCUUUAUCGCAAGGUCUCUUGGGUUCAAGUAUAUAUGGAUUGACUCCCUAUGUAUUGUCCAAGACGAUGCUGAAGACUGGAAACACGAAUCAGUGCGUAUGGGCAGUGUUUACGGCCGUUCAGGAUUGAAUAUCGCUGCGACGGCUGCAUCUGAUGGACAGGUUGGAUGUUGGCUGCCGCGUGAUACGGACUGGAGAUGCCAAGUUCUGCUCGGAAACGAUGGAUCUGCGCCCAGACUAUAUGAGUGCUUUCCCCCAGAAAUGCUCGAGCCUGGCAAUGAACAAAUCCCUCUGAUGACUCGUGCUUGGGUUGUGCAGGAGCGCUUCCUGUCGCCACGAACACUUCACUUCACCAAGGAUCAGGCAUUCUGGGUAUGUCAAUCUGUUACCGCUUGCGAAGUCUGGCUGGAAGGUAUUCCCAGGGUCCAGCACUACCUUGAAUGCUCUUUGGACCUUCCAAAAGGCUCCAACUGGCUUUCUCGCGAAGGUUGGCCGACUAUUGUUGAACAAUACUCGUCGUGUAACCUCACCUUUGGACGCGACAAACUUGUGGCGAUCUCAGCUAUCGCGCAGCUCGUCCAGAAGAAGACACCUGAUGGUUAUGUGGCAGGCAUGUGGCAGAGCGACUUGGCAGCCGAACUUUGCUGGAGUACAUCUCGUGGACGAAGGUAUAUGCCUUCAACAGCUCCAAGCUGGUCUUGGGCCUCCAACUCGGCACCCAUCAGCUACUUCAACAGUGCACCUUACACAUUCCCCGUGACAAAACAUUACAUCGAGAUCUGCAGUAUCAAUAUUGAAUACAGCACUCCUUCCAACCCAUUUGGAGAGAUUGUUAGUGGUACCCUUGAAAUACGCUGCGAAUAUCUCAAAGAAUGCACUGUAUACGCAAAGGAGGAAAACAGUGGAAUUAUUAUUGACGAAAAGCGCACAUUACGUGGAAGAACCAUUAUCGAAAGCAUGGGGUUUGACCAUUGGGAGGAGUAUGCAGGAGUUGAGACCUUCCGUGCCUUCUGGUUACCCAUUGCGUAUCUUCCAGAACCAGGUAGACAUAGCGGUAUUGUAUUGCAGCCGACUGGUGUAAGAAAAGGAGAGUACAGGCGUAUUGGAAGUGCGUCGGUACAAAGGUCAGGGAAUUCGGACCUACAUUUUCCAAGCGAGCCAUUCCUACCAAGAGAAGAGUACUGUGCGAGAGUGGAGAGUACUCGAGGGGAGAAACAAGAAUUCUACAUCUCGAUUGUAUAG